AUCUAUUCUCUUUCUCUUUUCCUCUUUCUUCUUUCCUCUUUCAUUUUUUCCAUCUGUAUCUAUAUCUCGUCCUGUUUUUAUUUCUUUCUCUUUCCAUUCUUAUCAUUUUCGCGCCUAUCGAGUUUACGCUGUUUUUAACUUCUUUUAUACGGAGUGCGCGUCGUCAGACAUACACGUGUUAGAAGACCAUGCGAGGGUGUCAUCCGCACCGUCACAACGAUGCACGUGUCAAAACAACAAAAAACAAGUGAAAGUGUCGCAGUCCCGGUGCUUCGUUGCGGUUCGCUCGUUUUGUGCGCGCCGAGUUCGCACAGCUGGCAGCGUUUCGGGGGGCUUCUUUCCGUCUACAUUUUUUGAAGAUUCUCGAGGGUUGAAGGGUUCUCGAACGAUUUCGACAAACGACUGUUGAAGUCCGUAAGUACUGAGUAUGUAAAGUGCCCGGGAAGAGCUCCAGUAGAUCGAAAGAUCAUACUUGGAUCAACCGAGCGUUUUCGCUGCGCCAGUGAAACUUCCUAGUCACGUGAGCAGCAAGGGUGGCAAGGAGGUAAGAAGGAGCGAUUUGAGUAUGCCGUAGUCAGCGAUACGACGACGAAGGGCGAGAUACGUUCCGCGUGGAAAGCUGUCGAUGGAUCCCCCGAUUCUCGUCGACAAGUGAGGGCAACUAUACACAUCGAUCGAUCAACUGAACAGCUAUUCCGAAGAUCGCUGUCAGUCUCGGUCGUUUCGCGACGAAGUGCGUAUCGCUGCACCGAUUCUCGAAGUCGCAACGAAUCGUGGCACUUCAUCACAAUUGGCAAACUUUCGUUGUAAACGUUUCAAACACGCGACAACUUCUGCAAAACUUCAAACUUCAAACGUGAUGAUGAAUCCGAAAAAAUACGCUAUGCUGAGCGCGGCAGCAAAACAGCUGACGGGUGACAAUAACUCAACACGCGUCAUUUGCAACGUGAUCGGACGGUCAAUAGCGCGGUGAUUUAAAUAAACACACAUUCGAACAAAGCGAAUUGGCCGUGAGUACCAGCACAGCUUCCACUUCGCGCGAUGAAGAUCGUGCAACGCGUGGAUGCGUCCAAUUUCGAUCGAGAAUGACCUGAUUCCAUCUUCAGAGCUAAGAUCGAUCCUGGAGAAUAUCCCUUCCUCUGUCGCUCUGCAUGUCCAUCUCUAUCUUCCUCUCUCGCAGAUUCCAGAGGAACGUCGUGUCCACAGAAACGGAUCUUCGUGGUCGGCGCGGAUAAUCAUGUCGCGACCUGACACCACUGCCACAUCGAUCACUGUCAAGUAGAUCGUGUGAUCGCACUUGUGUGCAACUUUAUUGAGUAUCUUCCUAUUUAGGAUAUUUAUCGGCGCCUCUUUAUGAACAUUUCUUCCAUGCUUCACAAAUUUCUCAGUCUUCGUGUCUAUAAAAACUAAUAAUUGUUUCGUACUCUCUUUCUCUCUGUCUAGUGAAUCAAAUUUCGUCUUCCUUUUAUGGAAUACAAUAUUAACGUGUUUAUAACAUAUAAGAGAUAUAUUUACAGUUUUUGAUGUUAAAGAAUAAUAUAUAUGAGCAUUAGUAAUAAAAAUUGUCAUUAAAGUGUCUUAUCUUCUUGUGAUGAAAUGUGAUAUGUGUUUUUCGUAAUGUAUGCACAGUAAUUAAACUUUAAAUAAAAUAACAAUAUUUAUAAUCGCAAAUGAUUACAACGUUAUUAAACAGUGUUAAAUUUAUAAAAAAGUCCAACAAACAAAAUUGUGCGCGAAGCGGAGUGUGUUACAACUUUUAAGUGUAAUGUUUAAAUCAUCAACAAUGGCAAUGACGAGAGUACGGAAAAAAUACAUCAUAAUGACGGAAAUUAUUAAAAAAAUAAAACGGAACAUAUGUCAGAUUAUUUAUAAACAAUAUAGACAGUAAACUUGUAUUCUGUAUUUGUGAUCGUGUACCUGAUUUACUCAAAAAUGAGACAGUGAAUAUUCCUCUGUUAAUUAAGACUAAUCUUCCAAAGUAAGAAAUAAAAAGAAUCAAGUUCUCAAGAGACUCAAGAGAAAAAAAUGCGCGGCUUGUAUGUUCUAUUGAUGAUAGGCGCACUCGUCGCCUCGUCCAAGGACGGCUUAAAAUCAUCGAUCGGCCAGACUGAUCAUCCAAAAUUGAUGAGGGGCAGUAGUAAUACUUCGUUACCUAAGCUUAGUGUUGGCUUGAUAGUGCCGCACACAAACUUCGGCGCGCGAGAAUACACAAAAGCUAUCAACAAAGCCGUUGUCAAUCUGCACAAAGGUCAUAGCAAAACUAAAGGACAGUCCAGGUUCUCUUUUCUGGACAAAUAUGAGUUUACUCCAGGACAGGUCUAUAACACCAUGAUGAAGCUGACGCCAAGUCCGACAGCUAUCUUAGACUCACUUUGCAAGGAGUUCCUUUCGGUGAACGUGUCGGCCAUUUUAUAUCUCAUGAACUAUGAGCAAUACGGACGGAGUACAGCCAGCGCUCAAUACUUUCUUCAAUUGGCCGGUUAUUUAGGAAUCCCUGUGAUCGCAUGGAAUGCCGAUAACUCUGGUUUGGAAAGACGAGCGUCGCAAAGCAGCCUGCAGCUGCAGCUGGCACCCUCACUGGAACAUCAGACCGCGGCGAUGCUGAGUAUCCUGGAGAGGUACAAGUGGCAUCAGUUUAGCGUAGUCACCUCGCAAAUAGCUGGUCACGACGACUUCAUACAGGCGGUCAGAGAGAGAAUCUCCGACAUGCAGGACACAUUCAAGUUCACCAUACUGAGCGCCAUUCUGGUUACUGAACCGCACGAUCUGUUGGAGCUGGUUAAUAGCGAGUCUCGAGUGAUGCUGUUAUACUCGACCAGAGAGGAGGCUACUCAUAUCUUGACCGCUGCUAGGGAUUACAAAAUUACUGGCGAGAAUUACGUAUGGGUCGUCACACAGAGCGUUAUGGAGAAUCUACAAACCACCAGUCAGUUUCCAGUUGGAAUGUUAGGUGUGCAUUUCGAUACUAGUAGUGAAAGCUUGGUAAGCGAAAUCACGACGGCAAUCAAGGUCUACGCUUACGGUGUCGAGGAUUUUGUUAAUGAUCCGAAAAAUGCAAAUCGCAGUCUGAACACUCAACUGAGCUGCGAAGGCGUCGGUGAAUCACGUUGGAGCACAGGGGAUCUAUUUUUCAAAUAUUUGAAGAACGUUUCGGUUGAAGGUGAUCAAGGAAAGCCAAACGUAGAGUUCACUCAAGAUGGUGUGUUAAAGGCGGCGGAGUUGAAAAUUAUGAACCUUCGACCGGGAGUUAGCAAGCAACUCGUCUGGGAGGAGAUCGGUAUCUGGAAGUCCUGGGAGAAAGAGGGUCUGGACAUCAAGGAUAUCGUCUGGCCGGGCAAUACUCACACUCCUCCGCAAGGCGUGCCGGAAAAGUUUCACCUCAAAAUAACCUUUCUGGAGGAGCCACCCUACAUCAAUCUUGCACCGCCCGAUCCUGUGACCGGAAAAUGCCUGGUGGAUCGCGGUGUUCACUGUCGAGUGGCCAAGGACUCCGAUAUGGUUGGAAUAGAUAUUCAAUCGGCACAGAAGAAUGAGAGCUUUUAUCAAUGCUGUAGCGGAUUUUGCAUUGACCUGCUGCAAAAGUUUUCCGAGGAAAUUGGUUUCACUUACGAGCUCGUAAGGGUAGAGGACGGCAAGUGGGGUACUUUGGAGAAUGGGAAGUGGAACGGGCUUAUAGCUGAUCUAGUCAAUCGGAAGACCGACAUGGUGAUGACUUCAUUGAUGAUCAACUCGGAAAGAGAAGCAGUAGUCGAUUUCACUGUACCUUAUAUGGAAACCGGUAUCGCCAUUGUUGUAGCAAAAAGAACAGGCAUAAUAUCUCCCACUGCAUUUUUAGAACCAUUCGACACGGCUUCAUGGAUGCUGGUGGGCAUUGUUGCGAUACAUGCUGCGACGAUAAUGAUACUACUCUUCGAAUGGGCAUCGCCCUCUGGUUUCGACAUGAAGGUAAACCCUUCAGGCGCUGCGCAAAAACUGAAGAAUCCAUCGACGAAUCAUCGAUUUUCGUUUUGUCGCACGUACUGGUUGGUCUGGGCCGUAUUAUUUCAGGCUGCCGUCCAUAUCGACUCUCCCAGAGGAUUUACAGCCAGAUUUAUGACGAACGUCUGGGCGUUAUUCGCCGUGGUCUUCCUCGCCAUUUACACUGCCAAUCUGGCUGCCUUCAUGAUUACGCGGGAAGAGUUCCACGAGUUCAGCGGAGUGGAUGAUCAUAGGCUCGCUAAGCCUUUUUCUCACAAGCCCAUGUUCAAAUUUGGUACGAUACCGUGGAGUCACACGGACAGCACACUGGCAAAGUACUUUAAGGAGAUGCAUUCCUACAUGAGGGCCUUUAAUAAGAGUAGCGUAGCGGAAGGUAUCGAAGCUGUCAUCACUGGAGACAUGGAUGCGUUUAUUUAUGAUGGCACAGUCUUGGAUUAUUUGGUCGCCCAGGACGAGGAUUGUCGAUUAUUGACGGUCGGAUCAUGGUACGCCAUGACGGGAUACGGUCUCGCAUUCUCCAGGAACUCAAAGUACUUACAAAUGUUCAACAAACGGCUGUUGGACUAUAGAGAUAACGGAGAUCUGGAGCGAUUGAGGAGAUACUGGAUGACUGGGACAUGUAAGCCCGGAAAGGAAGUACAAAAGAGUAGCGAUCCACUAGCAUUGGAGCAAUUCUUGAGCGCAUUUCUCUUAUUGAUGAUGGGUAUUCUCUUGGCAGUAGUCUUUUUACUCUUGGAACACCUAUAUUUCAAAUACAUCAGACAGCACUUGGCAAAAAGUGAUGAUGGUGGCACGUGCGCUAUUUUCAGCUUGAGCGUGGGAAAGUCCUUGACCUUCCGUGGUGCAGUGUACGAGGCACAGGAUAUACUGAGGCAUCAUAGAUGCAAGGAUCCGAUCUGCGACACCCACUUGUGGAAGGUCAAGCACGAGCUCGACAUGGCUAAGAUCAGGAUACGGCAGCUCGAGAAGGAUCUCGAAGCCCACGGAAUAAAGCCGACCCAAACCAAGAGGAAACCCGGAAGUCUCGGCUGGUGGCAAAGGUGCUUCCAAAGUUCGGACCGCCAUUCACAACCGGAGCCAUUGGCGGUGGAAGCUCCGCAUCCGCUACCACCAUACUUCGAUUCGUAUAUCGAUGCCGUCGAGGUUGCCCGUCCGAGGGAUAUGAGCAGAAACCAUGUGGUCAGUACAGAAUACGCCGAGACGUUUUUGCCCACAGAGAUUUACAGGAUUCCAGAUGAUGAUGCAACUAGGACAGAAAUCGCUGAAAUGGAAACAGUUCUGUGAUCGUAAGAGGAUCGGCUUCAGUCGCUCAAUCGCGCUGGAAGCGUAUGGGACGGACUGAGGGGCCCCUGAAGAUUUCAGAAAUGAUGCGAUCUAAAAAAUCGCAUCCUGUUGCUCCUGCCUCGAACAACGAGUCCCUUCCACAUCAACCUUUCGUUUAGACGCUGAUCCGCUGAUAUCGAUCCUUGGAAAUUGUCGUCAUGCGCGCGAAACAACGAGAGGAGGAACGUCGUCAGUGCCUAUCAAUGAUUGAGAGUCAACCAGCGACCAAGAAAACACCACUCGAGGAUACUUUGUGACUCGAGGAAGUGCAUUGUUAUUGAUACUUGCGUUCACGCUUCUGAGAAAUGCAUUCUUUGGAAUAUCGGAGGGAAUGCAUUUACGCGUCGGUUGCAUUCACACACAACAAUGAUGACUGAGAGAAAUGUUUAAGAAUUGCUAAAUCUUGUGAUGUUCGCGGAGAAACGGAUUUUAAUAAUCGAAUCGGAUUUUGAUCUACGAGUUUGAUGGGAUUUACUAUAACAUACGAUCGACAAGGCGUGUUAUCGAUAUCGGAGUUACGUGUUUCGUGUUCACGUAGUUGUGUGCACAUGCAAAGAUUUUUUUUUCAAAAUUUUAACCUGUGCCUAAAAUUGUCUGGACGCGCUCGUAAUUUGUGCGCUAGGUAAUCUUUCAGGCACUUUGAAAUACAGGUAGUAAUUCGAAAAAAACGAAAUAAACGUUUAACUUCCCUAGAAUAUCUUAAAAUAUAAU